UGCGCUUCCUGCCCCUCCUCGUCCGGGAUGCUGCUGCCGCUACUGCGGAGUAGCUGUUUCCCUUCCUCCUCUCCCGGCGGCGGCAGCGGCGGAGGCGGCGGAGGAGGAGGAGAAGGAGGGGACCAGGGCGCCGAGAGCCGGCCGGCGGCGCAGUUGCAGCGCGGAGCCCACGGGCCGCCGGAGCCGCUCGAGCGAGCGGAAGCCGAGCCCGGGGCCGACCCCCCGCGCGCGGCGGAGGCCGAGGGGGCGCCGGGGCCCGGCGCGCGUGGCCGGGGGCGGGGCGGCGGCGGGCGGCAGGCCGAGCGGGAGCCGCAUGCGUGCACAGAUCAGGCAGCAGCCCCGGGCGCCGCGCUGCAGAGGCGGGUCGGGGGCGGCGGCGGCGGCGGCGGCGGUCUGGGCGCGGGCUCCCCGGCGCUGUCGGGCGGCCAGGGCCGCCGGAGGAAACAGCCCCCCAGGCCUGCCGACUUCAAGUUGCAGGUCAUCAUCAUCGGCUCCCGCGGCGUGGGCAAGACCAGCCUGAUGGAGCGCUUCACCGACGACACCUUCUGCGAGGCCUGCAAGUCCACCGUGGGUGUUGACUUCAAAAUCAAAACUGUAGAGCUAAGAGGAAAGAAAAUUAGAUUACAGAUCUGGGACACAGCAGGUCAGGAGAGAUUCAACAGCAUUACCUCAGCUUAUUACAGAAGUGCCAAGGGGAUCAUAUUAGUGUAUGAUAUCACUAAGAAGGAGACAUUUGAUGAUUUGCCAAAAUGGAUGAAGAUGAUUGAUAAGUAUGCUUCAGAAGAUGCAGAGCUUCUCUUAGUUGGAAAUAAGUUGGACUGUGAAACGGACAGAGAAAUCACCAGGCAGCAGGGGGAAAAGUUUGCACAGCAAAUAACUGGGAUGCGGUUCUGUGAAGCAAGUGCCAAGGAUAACUUCAAUGUGGACGAGAUAUUUCUGAAACUUGUCGAUGACAUUCUGAAAAAGAUGCCUCUGGAUAUUUUAAGGAAUGAGUUGUCCAAUAGUAUCCUCUCAUUACAACCAGAGCCCGAGAUACCGCCAGAACUGCCUCCACCAAGACCACACGUCCGAUGCUGUUGAUUUCCUACUUUGGAGACAAAGUGGAAACGAUUCCUGGAAAGGGGAAAAAACGUUCUAUUCUGCACUACAAUCAUUUUGACAAUUUCCUUUCGCACUUUGUAAUCCAAGUCAGAGCUAUACACUAACUUGUAAAUAUGCAUAUAUGCAAUCCUGGGUAAGUUUUGGUUAUAAGUUACCUAUUUCCCUCCAAAUUAUUAUAUUUCAUUCACUACCCCAGUGUCUAGUGUACAUACACUGGGAAACCUAGUACUUCUAAUAUGAAGAAUGGGAGAAAUGAAAGGUAUAGUGUUUCUUGAAAUAAUAUAAUUGUCCUUGUUAAUUAUACUAUGAGGACAGAAGAUACUCUGAUAAGAGAGAACGUGGUGCUUUGCUUACUGUUUUAAAGAAAAUUUGUAAAACUAAAGACUUUUUGGAAAAAAGCUAUCUUAAGUGCUUUUUCUUUAUUUACAAGACAUUUCCCCCCGUGGUAGCAUCUGAAGUAUUGGAGUAUCUCUGCCACGAAGCAAAGCUCCAUUCAUGGCUGUCAUUGAAGGUUAUUUAUUAAUGUUACGUAACAGUAGAAUAUUACUAGUUAGAGGGUUGGAUUUGACUUGGUCCUAAGGCCGCAGAAUCUCUCUCAUGGCUUCCUAAGGGACGUACCUUUAUGCUUUUAAGAACUACAAAGAUUCAAUAAAGAAGUGUUUUUGAAACUAUAGAAAAAGAUUUUAAAACACGCUGCUGUCCUAAACAAAUCCUGUUUAAAGGAAUUUUAAAGAGAUGCAUUUUACUAUUAUCAGAGAACAUAUGUGUAUUUGCCUAAACACCCUGUACCUUUGUAAUGAUGAAACUUCCCCCUUUACGGUGAAGCUUAUUCCGAUUAAGCUUAGACUGUGUGUGUGUGUGUUUUUUUUUUUGGGUCUGAUAAUGAAUUUGUGAACUCUAUCUUUGGUAUAUCUUUUAUUAAACUGCACUGUUUUGUUUAGUCGAGGUAAAUAAGUAAUUAUGUAUUUGAAUAACCUGGUGUGUCUUGAGUGUUGUGGUAUGAAAAGCAUUGUGGUCUUUCUACACUAAUGAAGUGCAAAUAAAAUUUUGUAUUUAUGAAUGAA